GAGAUGGGGCCCAAGAUGGCGGCAGCCGUGCAGUCGAGCGAACGCGGUCUCGAGGUGUAAAUCGCGCGCGCGUCGCAUACUGACAUUGGCAACCGCAUAAGAUGGACCGGCUCGAUCGUGGCUCAUCAAUAUUCGUCGCCCUGAUUUUAUAGCUCUCGUAGGAGACACCGCAUGUAAUCGUUGGCGAUGCUCGCCUGACGUAGCAGCUAGCACGCGCUUCUCAACUCUUGAACCGGGCCGAAAAAAAAAGAAAUCGUUCGCUCGUCUCGAACCCGUGAACAUCCUGUCGAAAGUUCUAGCAAGAUACCUCGUCGAAGCGUCGUCGUUGUCCUCGUGGUCCUAGCAUUACCACGCAUCGUGACGAGAUAGCGCGCGAGAAGUCGCGGCACUCGCGUUUGUCAUGGCAAGCAAAAAGUAUGAUGAUGGAGUGAGCGAUGAUACCAGCGGAAGUGACUUUGAUGAUGAAGAGGAUCCUGAUAAAAUUGAAGUGCCUGGUGGAGGUAAAGAUCUUGCGACUGCCGCUGUAAUUGGAAGUAUCAAAGAAGAGAAACCUCCAAUUACAGACUUGCCAACAAAUCCUGUGGAUAAAACACAAGGACCAUUAAACGAAUUAGACCAAAAAUUUGGUAACAAAAUUCCUGGAGGAUUAGUGACAAAAAAUGCAACACCAGGUUAUGAAAUGGUGCAUGUAGGAGGCUCUCAAGGUACCUCACCGGGUAAUUUUGUUGGUGGAACAGGUCAAUUGAAUCAACUGAAUCAAUUAGCGGCUGGUGGAUAUCCUGGUUUUCCACCAGGAUUGAAUCUUGCAGGAUUCAAUCCUGCUGCCUUUCUUCAAUCAAGCAUGGAUAUGAAUGCUUUGAUGGGUAGUUUCAUGGGUAUGCCUGGUAUGAAUAUGGGAGUAAAUCCUUUUGUUCAAUUACUUAAUCAAAGUGGGAUUACCAACUGGGCAGGGUUGUCAGGAAAGACAGUGUCACAAAUGUGGAUGAAUUCAGGUGAUCCAACAAAAUUGAUGCAGCCAAAUAUUCCAGAAGAGGAAGAAGUAGACGAUGAAGAUAUGGGUGUUGCUGAAACUUAUGCUGAUUAUAUGCCAACGAAACUCAAACUCGGACGAAAGCAUCCGGAUCCGGUUGUCGAAACAGCAUCUUUGUCGAGCGUCGAACCAACGGAUGUUUGGUACAAAGUCUCCAUAACGGAAGAGACGAUACGAUCCGGUGCGCUCUCUGCCCUUCAACUUGAGUCCAUCACGUAUGCUUCUCAACAGCACGAGCAUCUCUUACCCGAUGGUACACGCGCUGGAUUUCUAAUCGGCGAUGGUGCGGGUGUUGGCAAGGGCAGGACUAUAGCCGGUAUUAUAUCCGAGAAUUACUUGAAAGGUCGAAAACGUGCCAUUUGGGUGUCGGUGUCAAAUGAUCUCAAAUAUGACGCCGAACGCGAUUUGAACGACAUAGGUGCAUCGAAAAUAGAAGUACAUGCUUUGAAUAAAUUUAAAUACGCGAAAAUCUCGUCAGCUGUGAAUGGUAAUGUGAAGAAAGGUGUGAUCUUUAGUACAUAUUCUGCAUUAAUUGGUGAAUCGACACAGAGCGGCGGGAAAUAUAAGAGCCGAUUGAAACAACUAUUGCAAUGGUGUGGCGAAGAUUUUGAUGGUCUGAUAAUUUUCGAUGAGUGUCACCGCGCGAAGAAUCUGUGUCCUACAGGAAGUUCAAAACCUACUAAGACAGGAUUAACGGUUUUGGAACUGCAGAAUAAGCUUCCAAAAGCUAGAGUUGUGUAUGCCAGUGCAACCGGUGCUUCUGAACCUCGCAAUAUGGCCUAUAUGGUACGACUAGGUAUGUGGGGUGAGGGCACGCCUUUUCCGGAGUUCACUGGUUUUAUUACUGCCGUGGAGAAGCGCGGUGUCGGCGCGAUGGAAAUCGUAGCGAUGGAUAUGAAGCUGCGCGGCAUGUAUAUCGCUCGGCAAUUGAGUUUUCACGGUGUUGCCUUCAAAAUCGAGGAAGUACCUCUUUCCAAAGAUUUUACAAAAAUUUACGAUCAUUCAGUGCGAUUGUGGGUGGAAGCGAUGCAGAGGUUCCAGGAAGCAGCAGAGUUAAUAGAUGCGGAGAAUCGUAUGAAGAAAACAAUGUGGGGCCAAUUUUGGUCGGCACAUCAACGUUUCUUCAAGUAUCUUUGUAUCGCUGCAAAGGUGAAGCAUGCAGUGUCAGUAGCUCGCGAGGCAGUCAAGUGUGGCAAAUGCGUGGUGAUCGGUUUACAAUCUACUGGUGAGGCACGUACUUUGGAACAGUUGGAACGUGACGACGGCGAGCUCAGCGACUUCGUUUCUACCGCAAAGGGAGUUCUGCAAACAUUAGUCGAAAAACAUUUCCCAGCCCCGGAUCGUAAUCGCAUCCAACGUCUUCUGGGUUUAGAACCACCAAAAUUCAAAUUAGAUGAUGAUGAUCUGGACGCUGGCGGUUCUGCUGGAGGCAGCAAGAGGAAGCCGAUCCAGGAGAUAUCAGACGAGGAGAAAAACGGCGCUCACAGUUCUGACUCCGAAUACAAAUUAAGCGGCACCGAAAGUGAGGACGAUCACCAUACGGACGAAGAGAGCAACGCCAGCUCUGAUUUCAAUCCGUUCUUCAGUGAUAGCGAUUCUGACGUUGAUCCUUGGGACAGGCGAAAGAAAAAGGGCAAGAAGCAGAAGAAACCUGCGAAGAAACGUUUGAGCACGCAGGAUAAAAUCCAAUCAAUGUUAGUGCAUAAACAGUCCAGUAAUAAAAGCAAACGUAACGGUGACACGGCAAUGAGUGGGCCAAUGAGUGCUACAGGCGGAGGUGUGCCUCAAAAUCAAGCACCGCCUAGAGACUCUAUCGAAAGAGCUUGCAGCAUGAAAGAGGAAUUAUUAUCACAAAUAGAGAUUCUUGGCGAUCGAUUGCCGCCAAAUACACUAGAUCAAUUGAUAGAUGAGCUCGGCGGACCAGAAAAUGUCGCGGAAAUGACUGGUAGAAAGGGUCGCGUCGUGCAAAGGGAAGAUGGUGGAAUAGAAUACGAGUCUAGGUCAGAGGUGGAUGUUCCUUUAGAAACUCUUAACUUGACGGAGAAACAGAGGUUUAUGGACGGAGAGAAGACUGUAGCGAUAAUCUCCGAAGCAGCUAGUAGCGGUAUAUCAUUACAAAGCGAUAGGCGAGCUAGAAAUCAAAUGCGACGUGUGCAUAUCACGCUCGAGUUGCCGUGGAGUGCGGACAGAGCGAUACAGCAAUUCGGACGAACGCAUCGAUCGAAUCAGGUCAACGCACCGGAGUAUAUAUUUCUUAUAUCAGAUUUGGCCGGAGAGAGGCGAUUCGCCUCGAUCGUUGCGAAACGUCUGGAAAGUCUGGGUGCGUUAACGCACGGUGAUCGUCGCGCGACUGAAACCCGAGAUCUCUCGCAAUUCAAUAUCGACAACAAGUACGGUCGUUCGGCUCUAGAAGCGACGAUGAAAACUAUAAUGGGAUACGAACCGCCAUUAGUACCACCACCUCAGGAUUAUCAAGGUGAUUUCUUUAAAGACGUGGCGGACGCGCUAGUAGGCGUCGGUUUGAUUUGCAAUAGCGAGAGUACGCCCGGUGUGCUCACGCUCGAUAAGGAUUACAACAACAUGUCAAAGUUCCUGAAUCGUAUCCUUGGGAUGCCAGUCGAUUUGCAAAAUCGUCUGUUCAAAUACUUCACCGACACGCUCAACGCCAUUAUAACUCAGGCCAAGAAAACCGGUCGUUUCGACAUGGGUAUUCUUGACCUUGGUACAUCAGGCGAGAACGUUCGCAGGGUGCGUCUUUAUCGGUUUCUACGAAAGCAUGCAACCGGCAAAGCACCAACGGAACUACACGUAGUCCAUGUCGAGCGCGGUAUGAGCUGGUCCGAGGUCACAGACAAGUUUUCGGAGCUGAUUGGAGCUAAAGAGGGUUUCUAUCUGAGUCAUCAGAUCCGCAAUGGCAAACAGACGGCCAUUCUCGCGGCCGCGGUGGAUAGUGGCAAGAAAAAGUCCGAAAGCAAGAAGGAUCAGCUUUAUAUGGUGUACAGGCCCAACACGGGUCUGCAGCUACGACAAGAGUCUCUAGGUGAAUUAGAGAAGAAGUACAAGAAGGUAAGCGCAGAUGAGGCAGAGCCACACUGGACACAACAGUACGAGGCUUCCGUGAACACGUGUUCGCAUGCGUAUUGGAGUGGCAACUGUAAAAACACCACCCUUGGUAUAGAUUGCGAAGUGGGGCUAAGAAGACGUUCCUAUAAUGUAUUAGCUGGUUCGGUUCUGAGUGUUUGGAGCCGCGUGGAGAAUGUGCUCGCUACGCGAUCCGGACAUAACUCUAAGAUGCAAGUUAUACGGUUACGUACGGACGAAGGGUUGAAGAUUGUCGGGACACUUAUCCCGAAGUCUUGCAUGGAGUCGUUACGUCAAGCGCUCUCCUCUGACGCAGAGAAGACAGAGGAACUGACGUUUUGAGCGCUGAGUCUCUCAUCAAGGAUAUAAAUAGGACCAAGCGAGACUCUCGAUGUGACGUAGCAUACUGCGAUUAUAGGAAGACUCUUCUUUUCUUAAACCUUUCGUCCAAACGCGAGAAGAGGAGUGAGUUAAGAUGUGUUAAGAAGUUAAGAUGUGGCACCAAGUAGAUUCCGAAUUGAAUCUACUAAUCAGCGUGAUGAACAUAAGUAAACGCUUCCGAUUAAUUAUCGACAAGGCUAAGAUUACAACUUGCUGCUUAUUUCUUUGUCAUGUCUAUGUAAUCGUUCGCGAGAAAUUUUAGCAUUAACUCGCCACAUACCAACGUAGAUUUUUAAAUAGUUGAAUUCUUUCUUUUUAUCAUCUAUAUAUAUAUAUAUAUAUAUGUCCCUGUCACACUGAUUAUAAUUAGAAGAGGAAGUUUAUUUUUUAUGUCGUCGCCGUUAAUCAUAUUUUCAUCCAUGAAGUUUUAGCAGACAAACGUGUGGCACAUAGUAGGAUAAAUACAAACUAUUCUGCGAGAGAGCGUAACCAUUUAGAGGAGUGACAGAGCACGUAUUUUCCUGUAGGACAUGUGAAGUAUAACCGAUUAAUAGUUUAUAUGAUUUAGAAACUUGUUAUUUUAAGCUAGCCAUUAACGCUAAUGUCCGAAGAGCAUCGACUGUUGUCAUCGUAAUAGUGCCAGUAAAUUUAAUUAAACGUGAUAAUUAUUGAGGGAAUGCGGAUUAAUCGAGAAUAGAAAGACGAUCGAAACAAUCGAUCCUUUUCGGAAAAUAUAAAAGUAUACGCGACAGCUUUGGUUUUUGUUUGAUCGUUAAAUCAAACAUAAUUAGAGAGGUGUUGCACACAUACACAUGCUACUGCUACCGUUACUACUAUAGGCUACCAUUAUUACUAUAAAUUAUUGCUACUGCUAUACUAGUACUAGUGCUCUACCGUUACAAAACUAUCAUUAAUAUUAUCCAGAUCUGAAGAGACGAGGUAAUCACAUGGAUAUUGCAAAUGUGCUUUUCCGAUUUUACCGUAAAAGUUAAGAGACACAAGUAAAUCCAUGGAAGUGUCCUCCGAUUUUUAUGAUCUUUGAAUAUGUUGUUUUCUAGA